CUUUUAUCCAAAAGAAGAUUCUACAAGAAAAUGACGCCAUACCCUGAGUUGAGUAAGAAUGCAGUGAAGCAAUGCUCGCAGCAGCAUUAAUAUCUUCGUCACCGUGCAGAAUCUUCUCCAGAUAUCUUGUUCCGAAGCCCUCUUCCUUUACCCUUUCACGCGUUCUCUCUCCCUCUGCUGCCCGCUUUUCAAUCCGAUCAAUGGCUGACUCUGCGUUUAAGAAAGUUCAGAUUCAGAGAGACGAUACUGCAUUUGACGCAUAUGUGGUUGGCAAAGAAGAUGCGCCUGGAAUUGUUGUUCUUCAAGAGUGGUGGGGUGUGGAUUUUGAGAUAAAAAAUCAUGCCCUGAAGAUCUCCCAGCUGGACUCAGGAUUCAAAGCUCUUAUUCCAGAUCUGUAUCGAGGAAAGGUUGGUCUGGAUGUUGCAGAAGCACAACACCUAAUGAAUGGUCUUGACUGGCAAGGUGCUGUAAAGGAUAUCCGUGCUUCGGUCAACUGGCUUAAGGCUAAUGGCUCAAAGAAGGUUGGUGUGACUGGGUUUUGCAUGGGGGGUGCUCUCUCUAUUGCAAGUUCUGUUUUAGUUCCUGAAGUUGAUGCUGUUGUUGCAUUUUAUGGGGUUCCUUCUCCAGAACUUGCAGACCCUGCCCUGGCCAAAGCACCUGUUCAAGCUCAUUUUGGAGAACUUGAUAACUUUGUUGGAUUUUCAGAUGUGACGGCUGCGAAGGCUUUGGAGGAAAAGCUGAAAGCAUCAGGAAUUCCGUGUGAGCUGCAUAUCUAUCCAGGCAAUGCACAUGCCUUUAUGAACAGAUCCCCUGAAGGUCUAGAAAGGGGGAAGGGCAUGGGAAUGCCUGAUGGGGAUGAAGCUGCAGUCCAGGUUGCAUGGUCUCGAUUCCAAUCAUGGAUGACUCGUUUCUUGUCAUCUUAAUUUGCUUUCGUAGUUUAUUAUGACGUGUGCUUCUUGUUCUAGCAUAAUUAUCAAAUAUCUCACUGGUUUUAAGCAGAGCUAUAAACAAGCGUGGGGUUUGCUGCCAUAUAUACUGAGAGGUAUUGGUUUGAAGACAACCUUGAAAAUCAAAUUGGGUAUUGUAAGUCCUAUAAUAAUCUGUAUUUGCAUGUAUACUAUUUUCCUAAUGCGUUUGGCCGUAACUCUAUCUUGAUAUGAACUCAGAUUUGUACUGUUUGUCCCUCUCUCUCUCUCAUAUACUAAAUAAGCUUUUGAAUUUUCCCA